UUGUCACAACGUUAUUCAUUUGAUUUUCUUUACCUUACACAAACAAGUAAAGCGCCUUCGCGUAGCUUCUCCUGUUUUGUAUUCCUUGGUACUUAUGCACUAGGAACAAAUCACCCACUAAUUUCCCGUUGAUUUCCUCUCUUUAUAUAUGAUCAUCAUUCACAAAAUUCAGUCUUUUUUCACAAUUAUAAGAUUGUUUUUAAAUUGGUGUGAAUUGAGCUACUAUUGAAGUGGGUAUGAAUUUUCCUACUUAUAAACGGAUGAAUUCAAGAGAUUACGCCGAAACAAUGGAUGUAGAAGAUCACUCAGGUUUCUUGCUGAAUGAUACUUGGGUAAAUAAUGGGAAGCCUUCAUGGAAGCGAUCAUUGCCUCAUGUACUUGUGGCAACUUUGACAUCAUUUUUGUUUGGCUACCAUAUAGGAGUUGUUAACGAACCACUUGAAAGCAUUUCUCUUGAUCUUGGAUUUAAAGGCAACACGCUAGCAGAAGGUUUUGUGGUGAGCGCAUGCCUUGGGGGUGCUUUUGUUGGUUGUGUUUUUAGUGGCUCAAUUGCUGAUGGAUUUGGACGUCGCAGAGCUUUUCAGUUAUCUGCGCUUCCCAUGAUACUAGGUCCUUCUAUAAGUGCAAUGGCAAAAACACUGCAGGCUAUGCUGUUGGGAAGGCUGUUAGUUGGAUUUGGCAUGGGUUUGGGUUCUUCUGUUGCUGCUCUCUAUGUGGCAGAGAUUUCUCCAGCUUUCGUAAGAGGUACCUAUGGGAGCUUCAUUCAGAUCGCAACAUGUCUUGGUCUCAUGGCAGCUCUAGUUAUCGGAAUCCCCUCAAAAGAUAUUAUUGAAUGGUGGCGCAUGUGUUUUUGGCUGUCUACCAUUCCAGCUGCUACACUUGGCCUUGGCAUGAUACUCUGUGCUGAGAGCCCAAUUUGGCUUUACAAGCAAGGAAGAAGCUCAGAGGCCGAGACUGAAUUCGAGAAACUCUUGGGUGGGCCACAUGUCCACUCUGCUAUGGUGGAAUUGGAAAAGGCCGACAGAGGAGACACGGACGGAGUAACACUAUCGGAGUUACUUUCUGGUCGACAUUCGAAAGUUGUUUUUAUUGGAUCAAUCCUGUAUGCUUUGCAGCAGCUAUCUGGCAUAAACGCUGUUUUCUACUUCUCGUCAACUGUAUUUAGAAGUGUUGGUGUACCAGCAAACCUUACGAACGUGUUUAUAGGAAUCUCCAAUUUAGCAGGCUCGAUUAUUGCGAUGACAUUUAUGGACAAGGUGGGGAGAAAAAUGCUGCUGCUUUGGAGCUUCUUGGGCAUGGCUGUAUCAAUGGGUCUACAAGUUGCUGGCGCAAGUUCUUAUAUGCCGGAGGCUAUAGCAUUUUACUUAUCUGUUGGUGGUGUGCUAUUAUAUGUUUUAACAUUUGCGGUUGGUGCUGGUCCUGUUCCGGGUCUGCUCCUCCCUGAAAUAUUUCCAAGCCGGAUUAGAGCAAAAGCGAUAGCUUUUUGUAUGUCGGUCCAUUGGCUUUCAUACAGGUCUUUAACUUCUUGGUGGGAUUGUUGUUCUUGCGUCUACUUGAAAAACUAGGACCGCAGAUCCUGUAUACUAUGUUCAGCAGUAUCUGCUUACUAGCUGUUGCCUUCGUUAAGAAGAACGUGAUAGAGACAAAAGGAAGAACGCUUCAAGAAAUCGAGAUUGCUCUUCUUCCCGAUGAAUAGAGUUGGUUCUUGUUCAGCUCGAAUUAUUUGGGAUUUAUGAAUGUUAUCAUGCUUUAUCAACUUUAUUCACAGUUAUCUAUCUCAGAUGGUUCCUAACAGUAGUAAUCAUAGAAAUUCUUGCGGCUUGACAUAUUGAAUUUACGAGGAUCAAACUAGUGUUAGCCGAAGUGGAUGUUUUAUCACGAGGAGUAUAUGACGAGUAAUAUAGCGAGGACUGUCGAUUUCUGGAGCUAUUGCUGCUCUGUAUCUAACUCAAGUCCUUGAGGCGGAAUCUGUAUAUGCUAUGAGCUAUGAAUUUAUUUACAUUUCGAAAUAAGAGUAGUGCAUUUUUUGCUCUUCUGCUACUGCUACAUUGUAGAAAUUGCUCUUUGUGCAAGAAUACUCUUAUACUAAGAAAUACCUUGAUCUUAACUUUAGUAGGAAAUAUUAAUAUUUUUAUUUGAUAUGUUUAUUGUGAGAUAUAUGCUAUGUAAUCUUAAUUUAGCCAAUAGUUACGUUUAAUGUGGCAAACCUCUAUAAUGUCAUUUAUAAUUUCCCUGUCUUUGUAUUAAGAAUAAUUUGCGAAUUACAUUUUUAAAGUUUAGUACUUUUGCGAAUUACAGCUUAAUAUUUAUUUUGAAUUACAGCCACGAAAGUAUCUAAGUUUACAACGUUUAAGCCAUAUCACAAAAUUCCGACCAUUUUGGUGGUCGAAAUUUUAAGUUAAGUGGUCGUAAUUUUGUGAUUUUACCUAAACACCAUUGACUUUG